GUGUUGGUGGCUCGUAUUGUAUGGUGGUAUGGAAGGAAAAAUUUCAUACAAAAACGCCAAUCAUCAACAACAAUGUAUCGGGUGGCAGUUUUUGAACAUGUUCCACAAGGAGAUGAAACAAUCGAUAAUUUUCGUGAAAUUAUUGAUAAAAAUCUAAAAAUCUAUGAAAAAGCUGUUGAUAUUGCACAUGAAGAUGGUGUUGAAUUACUUGUGUUUCCUGAAGAUAGUUUAAUCAAUUCAGAACAUUAUAAUCGUUCAAUGUUGAUUGAAUAUAUUUUAGAAUCGAUGCCUAAUCCACGUAUUGGUGAGAUUGUGAAUUUUUGUGAUACAAUUUCAAUGGAUCAAAGAAAAAAAUCAGUUCUGGCAACUGUAAGUUGCUGGGCAAUGAAAUAUAAAAUGUUCAUUGCAUUAGGAUUUGGUGAUAAAGUAAGAUGUAAUAGAAAUUUCGAUUCAGAAUGUCCACAAGAUGGUCAUUAUCUUUACAACACUAUUGCUUUAUUCGAUUGGUAUGGAAAUCUUGUGGCUAAAUAUCAUAAGAUGCAACUUUUUUAUGAAUUUCAAUAUAAUAUACCGAAGAAAAAAACCCAUUAUCAUGAUCCAAUUGUUUAUUAUGAUUCUCCAUUUGGUCGAAUAGGAUUUAUGAUUUGUUUUGAUUUAAUGUUCAAACAACCUGGUAUAAAGCUUGUAAAAGAAUAUGGUGUACAGACAAUCAUUUAUACUACAUAUUGGUUUAAUCAUUUACCAUUUGUUUCCAGUGUUCAAAUGCAACAAGCUUUUGCUUUGACACAUAAUAUCAAUUUUUUAUGCGCUAGUGCACAUAUACCACAAACUGGAACAAUCGGUAGUGGUAUCUAUUCUGGACAUUAUGGUGCAAUAAUCUAUGUAAAUAGUCCUGAUAGUAAUUCAAAAUUAGCCAUAGCAACCAUUCCGAUUGAUCCAAAAGAAAAAGAAUCAUCAUCCGUAAUUCAUGAAUCAAAACCGAAAUCAAUAAUAAUAUUUCGAAAUAAAACUCGUCAAGAAUUACAGAAUAAUCACAUGGAUCCAAAUGAAUUACAAUCGAUAUUGAUUUUAAAUUUUCGACAUAGUCAGACCGGUUCAGCAAAAUGGUGUUUUCCUGGCUCAUAUUUAUGUUGUCGACUUUAUUAUGAACUCAAACAUAUUUCAAAUGAUGAAAAGUUUAUAUAUGCAUUGUUGGCUGGAACGGCUAUUUCUGGUGCCAUCGGACAAUCAAGAUAUCCAAUUAAUCAAGAAUAUUGUGCUAUGGUUAAAUGUGAAACGAAAAAUUGUUCAAAAUUCAGUUCAAAUACUGGUAUCGAAUUCAACUAUAUAUUUAUGAGUGCUACUUUCAUUAGCCAUUAUGUUUAUCCAUCUGUCAUUGGCAAUAAUGAACGACUUUUAUCCAUACAAAAAGAAUGGAUUUAUCAACAUCUAGAACCGGAUGAAAAUAUUAUCCGUGUUCGACCAAAAGAACCGGUUGUAGCUGUAACAUUAUAUGGACGAAAUUAUGAUAAUGAUCCAAAAAAUGUAAAUCAUUUUCCAAAUGAUUUCAAUCAUGAACGCAAUCGCUGCCGCCAAUAAACCGAUAAUGAAGAUGACGAAAAGACUUUUCAAAUGAACCAAUUCAAAAGCAAUUGUUUGCCGAUUAAAUGAAUCACCAAUUAU